AUGUUGUAUAAAUAUGAAACAAAGAGCAAUAGAGUCAAGGGACUGAGCUUCCAUCCAACUCGUCCAUGGAUCCUUGCUUCCUUGCACUCUGGUGCCAUCCAUCUCUAUGAUUAUCGCAUCAAGACUGUGUUGGAGAAGUUUGAAGAGCAUGAUGGACCUGUAAGAGGUAUCAACUUCCAUCAUACUCAGCCAUUGUUUGUCAGUGGUGGCGAUGAUUAUAAGAUCAAGGUUUGGAAUUAUAAGCAGCGUCGUUGUUUGUUCACAUUGAAGGGACAUAAGGACUACAUUAGGACAGUGGAGUUCCAUCGCGAGGCCCCAUGGAUCUUGUCUGCAUCGGACGAUCAGAUCAUCAGAAUCUGGAACUGGCAGUCGAGAACCUGCAUCGCCGAGCUCAAUGGCCACAACCACUAUGUGAUGUGCGCCAGCUUCCAUCCCAAGGACGACCUGAUCGUGUCGGCCUCACUCGAUCAGACUAUCAGAAUCUGGGACAUCUCGGGCCUCAAGAAGAAGACCACCACAAUCAAGGCCUACCAGAACAACGACACACUCAGACUGCAGGACGAGAUCUUUGGCACGGACGUCGUCGUCAAGCUGUCGCUGGAGGGCCACGACCGUGGUGUCAACUGGGCAGCAUUCCAUCCCACCCAGCCAUACAUCGUGUCGGCCUCGGACGACCACCAGGUCAAGCUGUGGAAGAUGAACGACAAUGUCGACACCUUCCGUGGCCAUCUCAACAAUGUGUCGUGUGCACUGUUCCACCCGCGACAGGACCUCAUCAUCUCAGACUCGGAGGACAAGACCAUCCGCAUCUGGGACAUGGUGAAGCGCACACCCAUUCAAACCAUCCGUCGUGAGCACGAUCGCUUCUGGACUCUGGCGUCUCACCCCACCGCCAACCUGUUUGCCGCAGGCCACGACAGCGGCAUGAUCGUGUUCAAGCUUGAGCGCGAGCGUCCCACCUACGUGUUCAACGGCACCGAGGGCAUCUUCUAUCUCAAGAAGAAGCACUUCAACUCGUACGACUUCUCGACCGGUCGCUCGAUCCCUCUGUUCAACAUUACCAAGCUGCCCGCAAACAACGGCACACAGGUCAUGUCGUACAAUGCUGCCGAGCGCGCUGUGCUCGUGUCGUCCGACUCUGAGGGCGGCUCCUACCACCUGUACAAGAUCCCCACCAGGGACACCAACAACGUCGACACCAAGAAGGGCACUGGCAUGGCUGCCAUCUUUGUCGGCAGCAACAGGUUCGCCGUGUUGGACAAGUCCAACAACAUCAUCAUCAAGGGCAUCGACAAUGAGGAGGUCAAGCGCUUCCAGCCCGCCGUCACUGUUGAGUGGCUGUUCCCCGCGCCCGUUGGCCACGUCCUCGUUAUGUCAGACGAGAAGAUGAUGCUCUUUGACAUCCAGACCAAGAACCCCGUGGCCGAGCUGGCCACCCCAUCCAUCCGCUACGUCAUCUGGUCCAAGGACUUCAACUUUGUUGCCUUGUUGGCACGUGACAGUAUCAUCCUGGCCACCAGGAAGCUGGAGCAGAUCUGCAUCGUCAGCGAGGCCGUCCUGCCCAAGAGCGGUGUGUGGGACGAGCAUGGAGUGUUCAUCUACACCACAUCCAACCAUCUCAAGUACCUGUUACCAAACGGCGACAAUGGCACAAUCAAGACCAUCGACACCACCCUCUACCUUACUGGUGUCAAGGGCAGCAAGGUGUUUGCCAUGGACCGCGAGUUCAAGAAGCGUGUGAUCGAGAUCGACAACACCGAAUACAUCCUCAAGCUGUCGCUCCUGCAGAAGAAGUACGGCGACGUCAUUAAGAUCCUUCGCGAGAGCCGUCUCGUAGGCAAGUCCAUCAUUGGCUACCUCCAGAAGAAGGGCUACCCCGACGUCGUCCACUUUGUCAAGGACGACCGCACACGUUUCAACCUGGCCCUUGAGUGUGGCAACAUCGACAUUGCACUGCAGUCUGCCAAGAUCCUGGACGACAAGGAGUGCUGGUCGCGUCUUGGUGUGGAGGCCCUGCGCCAGGGCAACCACCAGAUCGUCGAGAUGGCAUACAGCAGGACUGGAGAGUUUGAUCGUCUGAGCUUCCUCUACCUGCUGGUGGGCAACCUCACCACACUCAAGAAGAUGGUCAAUUACGAGAACACCGACAUCAUGAGCAAGUUCCAGUACGCCCUCUACCUGGGCGAUGUCGAUGAGCGCAUUAAGCUCCUGCUCGAGGCCGGACUGCAUCACCUGGCCUAUCUGGCCGCAGCCACCAACGGUCUCACCGAGAAGGCCGAGGCCAUUGCCAAGCAGAUUCUUGCCAAUCCAAAGAACAACCAGCUGCCCAACAUUCCCAAGAACACCACUCUCCUACAGCCCCCACAACCCGUAUACAUUGCCGCCGAGACCAACUGGCCACUUCUCACCAUUGCCAAGACCUCGAUCGAUUUGAAUGCUGGCGAUGGAAGAAAGUUUGGCAUGGAAGACGGAGGCAGCGGAGAUUCUAGUCCCAUCGCCACUGGAGGUGGCGGCUGGGGUGACGAGGACGUCAUGGACGAGGACUCUGCCACAGACAAGCCCGCCAAGACUGAGGACGGUGGAUGGGAGGACGACAUUGAGAUCGAAGCGACUGGAGGCGAGGGAUGGGGACUGGACGAGCUCAAGGGCCUCGAGUCUGUUGACUCUGGCCAUCAAGACUCCUUCUUUGUACCACCACAACCAGGCCCAUCGUUCAGCCAGAUUUGGGCACGCAACUCCAACUUUGCCGUGGACCACGUCGCAUCGGGCUCCUUCGAGACCGCCAUGAACAUCUUCAACCAACAGCUGGGUAUCGUCAACUUUGAGCCACUCAAGCAACUGUUCCUUAACAUCCACCAGGCCACACGUCUGUCGCUGGGCGCCCUCACAUCGGUGCCAUCACUGCUAGAGCCAGUGCAGCGCAAGCACGGACAACCAUUCAUCCCCUACAACCUCAACCACUUGAUCGACCGACUAAAGUCACAGGCGUACCGCGCCACCACCGAGGGCAGAUUUAACGAAGCACUGGAGCACUUCACCUACAUUCUACACACAUCACUGUUCACGACCGUCGACAACCGACAGGAGUUCAACGAGGUCAAGGAGCUGAUGAGCGUGUGUCGCGAGUACAUCAUGGGCAUCAGACUGGAGCUGGAGCGCAAGCAGAUUGAGCUGGGCAGCAGACAUGCUGAGCUGGCCGCCUACUUCACGCACUGUAAUUUAGAACCAACCCAUUUGAUUCUCAGUCUUAGAUCCGCCAUGAACUGCGCCUACAAGGUCAAGAACUUCACAUUGGCCUCAUCAUUUGCCAAGAGACUACUCGACCUUAAUCCACCUCAAGAACUGUCAACUCAAGCUCGUAAGGUAUUCAACUUUGCUCAACAGAACCCUACAGCAGGAGAUAUUAAGAUGAACUAUGAUGAGCGCAAUCCAUUCGUACUUUGUGGUCUCACUUUGACACCAAUAUACAAGGGAUCGCCAAUGGUCAAGUGUCCUUUGUGUAUGACCUCUUACCAGCCAGCUCACAAGGGCAAGGUGUGUCCAACCUGCCAGCUUGCCGAGAUUGGCAAGGAGGCUUCUGGUCUGCAGUUGGUCAUGCUUCAAAAGUAA